ACAUGGCCGGACUGAUCUACGACCUGGAGACUCUCGACAUUAAAGACAUCAAGCGCCUGUUCGGCUGCUCCCACGAUCGCGCUCACGAGCUGUUCGAGGCGACGCUGCGCGAGCAGAACUGUCCGUUCGUGAGCUUCAGCUGCCGCGACCACGCCGAGUACGAGUCGGGGGAGUGUCAGCGGCUGGACAAGGCGACCAUCGGCCGCAUGGGCAUGGAUAGCGUCCGCUUCAACCUCAGCGGCUCCUACUACCUGGAGACCACGGACGACAAGGGCGCCUUCUGCAUGCACUACCUGGAGGUGCUGAUCCAGCUCGGGGAUGACCAGGAGGAGAUACACGGCAACAUCAUCUUCGUCAUCGAGAGUGGCGGCGCGACGUCGGACCUGCUGCCUGGCUGGAGUUCGGGAACAGUGAUGACCCCGGGAGUUGAGAUCCGCACGACGCUCCACUCGCCGGUCGACCCUAGUGACCUGGCUUCGCUCCACUUGACCUGGCACGCGCAGGGCAGCGGCGGCCCGCGGGUCCUGCGGCCGGCGCGGCUGAGGGUGCGCCGUGUGGACGCCGAGCUCCGGGUCACGACUGACGAGCUGUGCGGCGACGCGGCUGAGGUCAGCGAUAAGGAGACGGUGGCGUUCCGGCCGUGUGCACCGGCAGGUCACUGA